AUGACUUUACCGCAUUCCUGUGCAUCGCUGAGCCUUCCCGAAGAGCUGACGCACCCCCGGCACUGCUAUGUGAAACAAUCCAGCAAAACACCAGAGCAGCCUGCAGCUGAGAGAGCCGAGCAGCCGCUCUGCCUGCUAGUGACACCGCCGAGCAGCUCGCAGACAACAAACACAGCUGAUGGGGACAACUGGCAGAGAGCACAGCUGGCAGAAGCAGCUACGAGCCAGUGCAGCGGCGAGGGGGUGGCGAGCAGCCAGGCUGACGCUCAGGCUCCUGUUGUGUAUUUCCUACAGCCGCUUGGAAACAUCAUCCACUUCUUGUGGUGCGGUGAUCUGAGCACUGAGACAGAUCCCUUUUCUUCUGGAGUCUGGAAUUUCAAGUCCAUGUCUUGUAUCACAGGACUGUGUUGCAACAUCAAGCUGCCUCGAAAAAGAAAUCUUUUGGACAGGGAUACAUUUUCUAAAUCUGAUCCGAUCUGUGUUUUGUACACACAAGCCAUUGGAAACAAAGAAUGGAGAGAGUUUGGAAGAACAGAAGUAAUUGAUAAUACUUUAAAUCCAGAUUUUGUAAGAAAAUUUAUAAUGGACUACUUCUUUGAAGAAAGAGAGAAUCUGCGAUUUGAUUUCUAUGAUGUUGACUCUAAGAGUCCGAACCUAUCAAAACAUGAUUUUUUGGGACAAAUGUUUUGUACACUGGGAGAAAUAGUUGGAUCACAGGGGAGCAGACUUGAAAAAUCAAUUGUAGGAAUUCCGGGGAAGAAAUGUGGAACAGUCAUAGUAACAGCAGAGGAGCUGGGCUGUUGCCGAGAUUCAGUUUUAAUGCAAUUUUGUGCGAACAAACUAGACAAGAAGGACUUCUUUGGGAAAUCUGAUCCUUUCCUUGUAUUUCAUCGAAGCAAUGAAGAUGGCAGUUUUACAAUCUGCCACAAAACAGAAGUCAUAAAAAAUACAUUAAAUCCAGUGUGGCAGGCGUUCAAGAUUUCUGUCAGAGCGCUGUGUAAUGGAGACUAUGACCGGACAAUUAAAGUAGAAGUGUAUGAUUGGGACAGAGAUGGAAGCCAUGAUUUCAUCGGAGAAUUCACAACAAGUUACAGAGAGUUGUCAAGAGGGCAAUCUCAAUUCAAUGUGUAUGAGGUAAUAAAUCCAAAGAAAAAAGGAAAAAAGAAAAAGUAUGUUAAUUCUGGAACAGUAACAUUGCUUUCCUUCCUAAUUGAAACAGAAGUUUCAUUCCUUGACUAUAUUAAAGGCGGAACCCAAAUCAAUUUCACAGUAGCUAUUGAUUUCACAGCCUCAAAUGGUAACCCUUCACAGCCUACUUCACUGCACUACAUGAAUCCCUAUCAGCUGAAUGCAUAUGGCAUGGCACUGAAAGCAGUAGGUGAAAUAAUUCAGGACUAUGAUAGCGAUAAAAUGUUCCCAGCUCUAGGUUUUGGAGCUAGACUGCCUCCAGAUGGAAGAGUAUCACAUGAAUUUGCACUGAAUGGAAACCCUCAAAAUCCAUACUGCCAUGGAAUUGAUGGAGUAAUGGAGGCAUAUUACAGGAGUCUAAAAUCUGUACAGCUUUAUGGACCAACAAAUUUUGCCCCUGUAAUUAAUCAUGUAGCCAGGUAUGCUGCUUCAGUAAAAGAUGGCUCCCAGUAUUUUGUUCUUCUCAUUAUUACAGAUGGAGUUAUUUCCGAUAUGGCUCAGACAAAAGAAUCCAUAGUGAAUGCUUCGAAGCUUCCAAUGUCAAUAAUUAUAGUGGGGGUAGGACCAGCAGAGUUUGAUGCUAUGGAAGAACUGGAUGGUGAUGUAGUGAGGAUUUCUUCAAGAGGAAAAUUUGCAGAAAGAGACAUUGUGCAGUUUGUGCCAUUCCGAGAUUACAUUGACAGAAGUGGAAACCACGUGUUAAGCAUGGCAAGACUUGCUAAAGAUGUUUUAGCUGAGAUCCCAGAGCAGUUUCUGUCCUACAUGAGAGUGAGAGGAAUAAAGCCAUCACCUGCACCACCGCCCUAUACACCCCCGAUUCACGUGUUGCAGACUCAGAUAUGACUGCUCCAAAGUGCUUAGCAUUUAUCACAAGUCAAGAGUCUCUGGAUGCAGCAGUAGCUUCUGAUAACUUUGUGGAGCUAGAAAAAUUCUCUUCACAUACCAAAAUUCUCCUAUGGUUGCAUGGGCAACUGGAAAGCUUUUAAAUGCUAGGAGCAAAAUGUUGGUGUUCUCUCUGAGUCUUUUUUUUUUUUUUUUGACAAAAAACCUACUUUUUUGGUGUAU